CCAGUUGUUGUGACUGUGUAUUCGAAAUACGGAAGCUAUAAUCUUAAAAGAGGACUUGCAAAAGCGGAAAUAUUAUUGGAUACAUUAUUUCAAGAAUAUUGCUUGGGAUUUGAUGGCUAUUAAGUAGUCAAAAUGACGGAUAAGAACAUUGAGCGACAGUGGCUCGCGAACAUAAUCACACAGUGGAAUCAGGACCAUUACGAUUUAUACGAAUUAAGUCAACCCAACGAGGAUUGUGAGUUCCAUGGCGUGGUCAGGUUCUACUUCCAGGACGGGAAUAACGUGGUGACAAAAUGUAUCCACGUGGCGAGCUCGGCCACCACACAGGAAGUGGUGGAUGUCCUGGUGGAGAAGUUCUGGCCCAACAUACGCAUGUUGACGGCCAACAAAUACGCACUCUACGAGGUCCACGCCAAUGGGG